AUGCCGUCAAACCAGGGUUGGAAAGGUUUAGUGGCUGCCGCGAUUUUGGCAGCAGCUGCUACCAAAUUUUUCGAUAGUCUUCAUCAGAGCUACAAGGCAAGUCGCAGACGCCUGUCAGAAGAAACUGGCAAAGCCAAUGGUAGCUCUAAAGCAAAUGGAAAAGUACACUACGACUCUGAGCUGAUUCGCGAGCAGUUAGCUCGUAACUACGCUUUUUUGGGAGAAGAAGCAAUGCAGAGUCUAAAAAAUCAAUACAUUGUCGUAGUGGGUGCUGGUGGUGUUGGAUCAUGGGUCGUCACCAUGCUAGUGAGAUCAGGCAUUUACAAAAUCAAGGUGAUUGAUUUUGAUCAGGUUUCUCUCAGCUCUUUGAACAGACAUAGCUGUGCAACCUUGAAGGACGUGGGAACUUCAAAAGUGAAUUGCUUAAAAGAUCACCUUCGUGAAAUUGCUCCAUGGUGCGAGGUAGUGGCCGUCAAUGAGCUAUGGAAUAAAGAGAAUGCAGGCCGUUUAAUCUAUGGUGAGGAUGGCGAGGACAAACCUACAUUUGUUGUUGACUGUAUCGACAAUAUCGAUACUAAGGUUGACUUAUUGGAGUUCGUGUACCAAAAUGAUAUACCUGUAAUUUCAUCUAUGGGUGCUGCUACCAAGAGUGAUCCCACUAGAAUAAAUGUAGGUGACCUUACCACGACAGAGGAAGACCCUCUUGCCCGAACCGUCAGAAGACGCCUAAAGCAAAGAGGUAUAACGAAAGGCAUUACUGUGGUAUUCAGUGCCGAAAAGCCCGAUCCACGCAAGGCCUCGCUACUGCCGCUACCGGAGGAUGAAUUUCAAAGAGGAAAAGUCGAUGAACUGAGCGCAAUUAAAGACUUCCGGGUACGCAUUCUUCCUGUUUUGGGCACAAUGCCUGGGGUUUUCGGACUCACGAUCGCGACGUGGCUGAUUACAAAAAUAUCAGGCUACCCCAUGGAUCCUAUUGAAGGUAAGAACAGAAUUAAGGUCUACGACGGAAUCUAUCAAUCCCUUGCUGGGCAAAUGACACGUAUUGGUAUGCCAGAUCAGCGUGUUCCAGUAGCGCUCAAAGAUGUGGGUUAUAUUUGCGAAGAGGUUUUCCGUGGAAAAUCUCCCUUGAGCGGAUAUUCAACGAGAUUGACGCUAUCCAAAUGGGAUCCAUCUCUUCCUGUUUCGAUACAAAACGUUGUGCUGAUGACUAAGGAUGAACAAAAGAAUCAUGAAGAACGCGUAUUGAAUGGAGGCGAAAACCUGGUGGAUGUGUACUCCAAAGAAACGUUAGAAUUUGUUUCCAAGAGAUUGAAAGAGGAGGAAUACUACUCCCAAUUUAGAUAA